AUGGUGUCUUCAGAGGGUGACGGUGGUGGUGACAAAUUGAUGAGAAAAGUGUUGGGUUUGGGUUAUUGGGUACAAGGAUUCAGAUGUUUUCCAUGGUUAGUAGUGAGUUUCUUUCUCAAAGAUGGUCUCAAUGUGAAUCCUACAACUCUUCAAAUUCUUCAAAGUUCAGCAAGUAUUCCUAUGGUUGGAAAACCAAUUUAUGGUCUUGUUUCUGAUUCUGUUUACAUAUCUGGUCAGCAUCGUCUUCCUUAUAUAGCUUUUGGAGCUUUCUUGCAGGCACUGUCAUGGCUAGCAAUAGCAAUCUCCCCAUCAAGCAUAUCUGUUUUCACUAUCUCUAUAUACCUCCUCCUGGGUAAUCUAGGUGCUGCAAUAACCGAGGUAGCAAAUGACGCAAUGGUUGCCGAGAUGGGCAAACAACCUCCUUCUUCAACAACCAAACACUCUCAACAACCAUCUUCCUCAGGCAACCUCCAAUCCUUUGUUUGGAUAGCUUCCUCUAUAGGAGGAGUCCUCGGCAACCUUCUUGGUGGAAUUUUCAUCGGCAGACUCUCCCCACAAUCCAUGUUUAUGUUUUUCAGCUUCCUCGUUGCUCUGCAAUUCUUCGUAACCAUUUCGGUCCGCGAGAGCUCUCUCGGACUCCCAAAGAAUCCAUCUUUUGGGAUAAAGAAACAGCUUUCGGAAUUAUCCGCCGCACUAAGGAAACCCGAAAUUGCUUAUUCCAUCUCAUGGUUUGCAUUAUCUUACGCCGUUAUUCCCUUACUAAACGGAACCAUGUUCUUCUACCAGACACAAUACAUAAAAAUCAACUCAUCGGUAUUAGGUAUCUCCAAGGUUUUUGGUCAGGCAACAAUGCUAUUAUGGGGCGUUAUAUACAACCGAUACCUGAAAUCCGUCUCACCAAGGAAACUGAUAUCAGCAAUCCAAGCAACAAUGGCGCUCUUAAUGAUAUCGGAUUUCUUAUUCGUGCGCGGUUUCUAUCGCCAAAUGGGAGUACCAGACACACUCUACGUAGUAAUUUUUUCCGGAUUCUUGGAGGUUCUAUUCUUCUUCAAGUUUCUACCAUUCACCGUGUUAAUAGCGCAGCUAUGUCCACAAGGGUGUGAAGGAUCAAUAAUGGCAUUUCUUAUGUCUGCUGUAGCAUUGGCAUUCAUUGUGAGUGGAUACCUUGGUGUCGCACUUGCAUCAUAUGUUAAGAUAACUGGAAGUGAUUUUUCAGGAUUUCCAUUUGGACUUUUGGUGCAAGCUGCAUGCACUUUGUUGCCAAUAUUUUGGUCAUCAUGUAUACCUGAGUAUGUGAAAACAAAAGAUAAGCGUAAAGAGUGA